AUGGGAAAAUACAAUCACAUCGUUGAAUUAAUGAGCACAGAUGAAUAUCUGAGCUGUGCCAGGACUGACCCAAAUAAUUUCUCAGAAUAUGCCUCUGUAAUGCCAUCACCUGCCACAGCCAGAAGUCCCACUGCUGCUGAGAAGUUAGCCAUGAUGGAGUGGAUUAAAGAGGAUGCCCAGAUGAAGGGAAUAAUAUGCAGAAAGCUCUCACUGGUAGUUCAAGGGCUUCUUGACAAAUCGUCCACUGCCCAUGACCAAUGGAAUACUCUUGCCAUGCACUUUGCAUGCCUUGACAUGAGCUUGCAGUUUGAGCUUUGUGCACAGCUCUUUGCUGAAAAGCUGAAGGAUGCUGACAAUGUCUCUUGCUAUAUUAGUGUCUUUGAACAUGCUAGGUGGUGCUUCACUGAAAUGGCAAUUACCUUUACUGAUGACAAAGCAGUAUUCCUUCUUCUGCAAGGUCUCCCACAAACUCCAGAGUGGAUCAUCUUUAAGUGCAUGACCAUUACCAUGUACAGUUCCUCCUCCACUCCCACAACAAGUUCUUCUGCUACAGCCACUGUGAAGAUGACCUUCACAACUGUGGCAGCUUCUCUUUCAGAGGAAGCAAACUGUAUUCAGGGAGAAUGGAAACUGAAUGGUCCAGGGUCAGAGUACACUAAUGUCACAGGACCUGGGAUACCUGAUUCAAAGGUGAAUCCCAAAACUGGCAUCUGCAUGCACAAGUCCAACCCCAAAGGCAUAGCCCAUGAUAAUCCAGCAUGUGUGGGCUUACCUUGUCCAUUAACCCAUGACCAUGAACACUGCUUUCAGCUGUUACAGUCACAUACACCCCUAUUCAUUUUCCUUUCACUUUCCUCCUUGAGAAAGGAAGUUUCUGUAGCUGCCACAACUGAUGCACCUAGUAACUCUCUGUCUCCAUCACUACCCACUUCCCAUACCACAGACCUAGCAUGUGCAAUCAUUCACAAGAUUGAUGAAGAUUCACCAGCCAAUUCUCUGCCAAGUGAAGAGAACAUUGCCUGCAUCAUACAUUACACAAUGUCAACAAUCCUCAACUCCAGCAUGACAUUGACAAUAAUCACCAACCACAAAUUCUUCUGGACCUUCUCCAAUGAUUCACAUGUGACCAUGAAAACAGCCAAUCAUGGCCGCCUCCCUACGUUGGGUCAUGGUGAAUGCAUUGCAGAUCUUAAGAUUGGGGGCAGGACUUGUUGUAUUCAGCUCACUAACUGCCUUCACACACCAGGU